AUGCCCGCUCUGAAUCCAUUCCUACGAGCCUUCUUCAGGAGCGCAAUACCUUCGCAAUGCUCGCCGAUUAAUCACCAUGUCUUACUCGCACCGACGACAGAGGUGUUGCUGAACUCGAAGGAUCGCGAGACAGGGACAUCGUAUGCGGACCUUGCAAACACUGAGGAGUUCUUGGCCAGCCAUGUCUUGCGAGUGCCUGGAGGCGCGCCGCCUGGCAGCAAUGGAGCGAAAGAUGCUGGGAGUGUGCGCGAGAACAAGAGCAAGGCGAAGCAGUAUUCUACGGUCAACGGGCGCACGGUGGUUGUGAAGGAUACGUUCGUCUACAGCAACAAGGGCUUCAAGACGUUGAACCAGGCGCAAUUGCUGCAGGACUUCAUAUAUUACCCGGACGUUGCGGACGGACAGCAAUGGCUGGUCUACUAUAUCUCGCGACCACUGGUUGGAUCGUACCAAGCUACGCCGGUGAUACCUGCGGUCAUCAGCGACGAGCCGAGUAAGGAGAGGAAGAAGGUGUUGGCCGAGGCUUCUGGGUCAGCGAGCACGAGUAGUGCGAUUGGGUUCGGGAUGCAGAAGAAGAAGAAUAUCAAGAGCUUCGGCGAUUUGAUGUCCCAGUUCCCAAUGAUCUCGAGGCAGAUGCAGAUUGGACUGGAGAAGAUUAUCCGCGAGCUCAUAUCAGCGAACGACAGCCCGAUACCGAAGCGAGCGUCAAGGCGGUCGUCGGUCAGCUCCCAGUCCUCGAACCCUUCUUUGAGCGAAUCCAUUACGUCGCUCAAGUCUUCACUGUCUGGCAGCAGCACGGUUCCUCCAACGUCCAUUGAGCUGGAGCCGGAAGAAGAGGCGAUGCGAACGGCUCUCGAACGUGCGGUUACCGCGACCAUCGAGCUCUUUCAGAGCGUGGACAAGCAGCAACUGUCACUUCUUGGUACAAGCACAGAGCUUACUGGGCCUGUGGUCGAGCACAUGAUCGAGCGCUACGUCACCGAGCAGGUUCACGACCAGACACUCUUCCCCAGAGUGUGCGCGUUGCGUAGACCGGAUGACAGCGAUCUGGAAUCGAAGAUUCGCAAGAUGACAGACAUAGAUAUUACGCAAGUCGGCAUUCCGAUCGAAGAUGGCAUGAGAGGGAAGCGUGAGCUGGCGGCGAGACUGGCCAAGGGUGUUGAAGCGUUCAAGAAGAUGGGCGUGGCGAGCAGUCCGCAGGAGAUGCUGGAGAUUCUGCUGAAGACGCAGAAGCUUAUCACCGAGGAGGAACAACCCACCCCGAGAACGUCCCAGGAUAGCUCUGCUGAGCAAUCUGAGAAGCCUUCAGCGGUAUUGACCAUCAAUGCUGACAUCCUGGUGUCCAUGCUUGUUAUCGUGGUCAUCAGAAGUGGUGUCAGACACUUGCAUUCCCGGUUGCUGUACAUGCGCUACUUCAUCUUCAUUGACGAGGUGGAGAAUGGGGAGCAGGGCUAUGCGCUGGCCACUCUCGAGGCCGUACUUGCUCACCUUACCAAUGCAUCAUCGAACCUGCGCAAGGCGAGCAAGCAAAAUCGACUGCUUUGGCAGGCAGCAAGGUCAGGCGACCUACAGGCUCUGGAGGCGAUACUGCAGCCUUCCAUCAUGGCACCAAGCGAGGCGACGCUGGCUGGAUCGCCGAGAGAGUAUACUGCUGAGCUUUCAGACGAAGAGUCCAGCAUCAACGACCUUUCUCUGGACGAAGCACGGCCGACAAGCACUGCUCAGACGCCGCAGCCGCAAGGUGACUUUGUCGCGGUCAACGGCUCGCUCGAGCACGUCUUCCCGUUCAAGCGACCGCCCACGCCGCCUCCGGAACAGACCCAGGCUCGAGGCAAGAAGCGGGUGUCGAUGGCAUCGCUACCCAGGAGCCACUCUGCUUCUUCGGUUCACUCUUCUCGUUCGCAUUCGAGGCAUAUGAGUGUGGAGUCUAGUCACAGCAUGGGUGCAACUAGCGAUGUUUCUGGCGAACGACUUGCACAGACACAAGAUGCGGAUGGCAACUCUGUUUUGAUGAUGGCGGUCGAAACGAGUAAAGCCAAUGCACUGAAGCUGUUGCUUUCGAUGCCCGCUCAUUUCCGCGCCGACUUCGUGCUCGAGGACGUCAACAGCGACGGUGCAACUCUACUUAAUGCAGCCGUUCAGUCUGGAGACCGCGCGGUUACAGAGGAGCUCAUAUCUUACAUCGAAGACAACGCUUCUGAAGAACAGCUGCGCAGGUAUCUAGCCAUGCAGGACAGCAAAGGCCGCUGCAUGGGCCAUUACCUCUUCACUCAGCCGCAUCUGAUUCAAAGAUUCGGCAAGAAGCUACCCUGGCGGCUGAAGGACAAGAAUGGCCAGACACCGCUUUUCGCCUUUUGCCGAUCGUACGACCAUGAGCAGUACCACUGGAUGGUGGAAUCCGCAAUCGCCCUCGCAACAGAGACCCAAGGCGAUGGCGAGCCGUUGCAUCUGGACGAUCAUGUCGAUGCGAAGGGCAACACGCUGUUGCACGUGGUCAACAACACGCAGAUAACGCUAAAGCUGCUUCGUCAUUGCGAUUCAGAUGUCAAUGCAGCGAACGAUAAGCGAUACACGCCGCUCAUGGUCGGUAGCAAGUAUGGCCGGAUCGAUCUCGUGCGGACGUUGUUCGCCGACCCACGGUCUGACAUGACGCUUAAGGAUAUCAGAGGUCUGACCGCGGUCGAGCUUGCGAAGGACGAUGAUGUACGGAAUCGGAUUGACGAUCUAGUGCUGUUGUCUACUCCGCCAGGCCAGGACGGACGGAUGACGACGCUGGUGCGUUCGUACUUUGUCGAAGACGCUACGAUUCGGUUUGUGCUAAAAUCGGGCGCACCGAGCUCCAACGGCAUGAUUACGGUUACGACUUGUCGAAGGUCUAUAUCGGACUUUGAGCAUCUCUCCAAGUGGCUGGCCGUGGAGUGCCCUGCGAGCUGGCUCCCGACUCACUUCAACCUUCCAUCGCCAUUUCUCAUCCCUUCGAAGCCCUCGCGAGCCAUUUUGAGAGACAACCAGAUCCGCCUGAACAACUACUUUCACAAUCUGCUUACCCACUCCACUUUCUCGACCCACGAGCUGGUGUGGGAGUUCUUCCUGGUCCCAGACAUCGACGCCGACAUGCUUACCGAGCGAAGCAAACGCAAGGCUGAGGCUCGGGUGGACAAUGUGAAAGAAGACUUCGAACCAGUCACCGAUACCCAAGAAGUCGAAAACUUUGUCGAAUUCGCCCGCGACCAGAUGCGCGGCAUGAUCUCUGCCACCAAGAAGCUCAUUCGCUCCACCAACCGCCGCCGCAUGAUCUACAACGAUUUCGCCGAAGGCACCGCGCUCCUCUCCUCCCGCAUCUCCACCCUCCUCUACCUCCCCCAAUCCCACAUCACCGCCUUCGAACGCUACACCAAAACCCUCAUUCCCACGGAAGCCUCCCCUAUGGCAUCCUUCUACUACAACCUCCACUCCGUCCACUCCUCGAGCAACGCGAUCCAAGACGCCCUCGACCGCCCCGCCUACCUCAUCGGCAGCAUGUCGCAGGCCCAACGCACCAUCGACCGCAGCAUGGGUUCCAUCUCGCGCUCGAACCGGUGGACGCCGAAUAUCGGGCUCUUCGACGAUGCCAAGAAGCAGGUCGCGCACGAUGCGUGGGCGAAGACGGCGAAGGCGAGGGUGGAGUUGGAGAGUCUGGGGUGUGAGUUGAGAUAUACGCAGCAGACGGUUGCGGGGGAGUUGGCGGGUUGGCAGGAGGAGCAUGUGAGGAGCGGGAAGGAGAUGUUGAGGAAGUUCGCUGGGGAUACUGUUGUGAGGGAGAGGGCGAGGUUGGAGGGGAUGCAGAGGGCUUUGAGGGAGGUUAGGAAGGGUGGGGUGGGUGUUUGA